UAUGGCAACAACGCAUAUGCCCGAGCGCUAUCUUCAAUCGAUGUGUAAUGACGUCACCGCGUUUGUUGCUCGACAUUCAUUCUCUCGAAGAGGAACGGAAAAGAAGAAGAUGGGGGCGGGAUGUUCCAACGGCGUACCGCCUCAAACUCAUAACAACAGUUCAACCAGAAACGAGAUGUCUAUUCACUCUACGAAAACUGGAAAAAGAACCAGUAUAUCGGGUGAUAGUAGCUCUAAUGACGAUUCUUUAGACGAAGAACCAUCCGAACCACUUGACAGCGAAUCUCCUCUUCAUCAAAGUUCUCACGGACCGCCGUCACCUUCUCUACCAAAGCCUGAAGAUCCAAAAGUUGCGUCCAUUUCGACUUUGCAAAAUCGAAUACAAAAGUUAUUGUAUGGGCGUAUGGAUAAUACAAUAUGUGACGACGAGAAUAUAAUUCGUUUACACUUGAUUAUGAAUGGAAUUGAAUGGGAAGUUGAAAAGAAAGUUUUCGAUUCCAAUAUCUUCCCAGAAAUACGUGAUAGCUUGAGAGAAAGGGGAUACGACUUCGAAGUAAUGUAUUCCGGAUAUGGCAAUCACGCUGACCGCACUUUAUCUAAGUAUUUUUUACGAAAAUAUAAACAUGAUUUGGCUAUAGUUUGCAUAGGCAAUAAAAUAGGACCUCUUUCCCUUCCAACUGAAAUCGAUAUUGAAGAUUAUAAUACAAUAAUGCAAAAUGUUUGUCACGAUGCCGCUGCACAGACGCUCUUGUCGACUGCCUAUACAGUUAUACCACCAAAGGCGAAGCUUUGUUCCCCUCCACCAGGUGGUUUGAUUGAAUGGGAGAAGGAGGCAGUUCUAAAUGGAUUGAUGAAUUCUUAUUUGCGUUCUAGUUUAGAGGAGGAAUUAGAUGAAACGAUUCUAAAGGAAACUGCACUUGACGGCUCUUUCGUUUUUGUACAACGCACAUUCAAUGGUCAUCAAAAUAAUAAUUCGCUACCGCAAAAUUAUUUCGAUCUUGAUGUAAACGGCGGUAUUGACGAGCAACUAUUGACUCAUUUGUCAAAAAUCAUUGAAGCCACUACAGAAAAAGUAGACGCUAGCAAGCAUCUUACUUACACCUUGCCUUGGCUAGGCGACGGUAUUAACAAAGAACACAUUGCUCAUGCAAAAUAUCUAGAUAGCCUUAAGGUAGAUGUGACUAAACUUGUAAAAGAGUUGAUCGACAGGAAAUUAGACACUGUAACGGAAGCGAGAAAACGAACUUAUACAAGGAAAAUUUCUCGAAUGCUCGAAGAAGAGAUCGAGGCGCAAGCCCGGCAGAGUUUGAGAAUUAUAAGUAAAUUUAACGGUAGGGCCGACGUCAUAUCUAAGCUACAGAAUUAUUUAAUAACACGUCACCCCAAUUCCCUAUCCGAUGUCUCUCAUCCUGUUGUACUUCACGGAGCCAGAGGUUGUGGUAAGAGUUCAAUAGCCUCGUGGUUGGCUCAUCAUUAUUGCUAUCAAAGUAAUUGGACGGGGGGUAUUUGUAUUCUACGACAUGUAGCCUCUACAAGCUUUUCAAAUACUUUGGCGCAGCUUUUGAGAACCUUAUCUGAGCAGCUUUGCAUGCUGACUGACGCUCCCUUAUCAUUUGCCUACAGAACCACUCAACAAUACGUUGCCGUCUUUGGAGAACUAAUUAAGAAGACGGCUAAGGGCGUUCCCCUAUUAAUUAUUUUAGAUGGAGCUAACGCCCUAGCAGAAGGAGGAGGAGGUGGUUGGGGUUGGAUUCCUAAGGAUUUACCCGCUCACGUUAGACUGAUAAUUACAACACAAACCGAUUCUGCAUCUCAUAUGGCAAUAAGGUCUGUUCUUGAGAGGCUAGAUUAUGAAAUCGAAAUUCCGCCUUUAACAGCGACCGAUUCCCUUACCCAAUUUCAAUUUAGUCUCAGUGAACAAGGCAGUAUAGGAAUCGCUAAUAGGUAUCAGCAUAUUUUACAACGACACCUUGAGGAUUUGAGAAAUCCCAUGUAUGCAAAAUUAUUAGUCGUUCACUCGCAAUUUUGGAAAGAGACGCCUCAGUUAUUUUCAACAUAUGAAGAGCAAUUUGAUGCACUAUGUGAUACUUUGGAAUUGAAUUUUGGUAAAUCAUUUCGUUACAUUCCGUUAUUUCUGGCCUGUUCCAGAUUCGGUCUAAAUCAGACAGAAAUGCUUCAUCUACUUUCCAGCAACGAUCGAUUUAUGGAAGACGAUUCAAAUAAAUGGAAAUACACGGCAGAUUAUGCUUUUCUUUUUUUUAAACGCCAUCUACAACCUUUCUUAACUGAAUUUAGCAUGUCUGGGUACGUUUUAACGCGAAUAAAACAUUCGAAUUUUAGCAAUUCCCUAUUUUUAAAAUAUGAAAAAGAUAUUAAACCGAUAAGACAGUCCCUCCUCGACUAUUUUCGAAGUCAAUCGGAAACUAUAGGAAAUGAGUAUAAUCGGCGAAAAUUUGAUGAAAUGUCCUGGCAAAUGUUUAAAUUACAAGAUGAAAGUUUUGUUGAUAAUUAUGUCCUGAAUAAGGAUUGGUUAAGGAAGAGAAUAUGCUCUUCUUCAGUUUCUAGCGCUAUGCACGACGUAUCUCUUGCUUUGUUACUGCAGCCCAAGAAUUCAUCCUUAUCAUUUCUACUUGAAUUCUUGCAAAAGUGCUCUAGACCUUUAUCACAUGAUGGUUCUCAAUUGGAUUCCCAAUUAUAUUUAAGAUUACCAAGUGAUAAUGAUCAAAUAUUAAAUGACGCUCCCGCAGUAAGAAAAAUGCGAGAUGAAUGCAUCAAAUCACCUUGUACACCUUUGCUCACACCAAAACCGCCUUGUUUACCGUAUUACAGUAAUGUAGAGGAUGAAAAAAGAUGCUCCAUUAUGGCAAUCUUUCGCGUAAAAAAUAGUCGGCGACACAUUGUCGUUUUGGAGAAGGAAGGAAGACUCAGAGUUAUUAAUACGUCAUCUGGCCAAACUGUUCGAACGCUCUCUGGCUUGAAUGAGCCAAAAAAUGUUAAAAUGUCCUCCACAACAAAAGCUGUAGUACUAUGCGACCGAGAAUUAAUGGUAUAUGAUUUAAAUAAUGGAGAAUUAUUAACAAAGCUUAAAGGUGUUUUGAAUCUCUUCAUGCCGUUUUUCGGUAUACAUAACGAGGAACACGUUAUUGCUUUGUCUCGUAAUAGAAUGUAUAUAAAUGUUAUAAAUGCCUCUUCUGGCGAUGUGAUAGCAACCUUUAAGGCGGGAGAGGAUCGUUUUCUGGACAGCCUACUUGUCUCUGACAAUGGCCAGAAGUGUGUAUGCGGUGAUGAAGUUCAAAAGCCUUUUCCCCUUCUUGUCUGGGAUUUAGUCAACAGGAGACUAAUUCACGACUUGAGGAUACCCGGAAACGAUUUUAUAACAAAAAUUUCAGCCAUUGAUGCCGAAGGAAGAUUUAUUGUUUGCGCUUGUAAGGAAAUAGAUGAUCCUACUCCAUAUUUUCUCAUAGUCUAUGAUCUUCAUAGCGGCGUUUUAUUUAAAAAGUGGAAACCAAACCAUAGCCCAACUUGUGUGGCAAUAACGCCGGAAACUGUUAUUUCCGGUCAGGAAGACGGCCUAGUACUUGUUUGGGAUUUAAUUAGUGGAAUUUUGAAAUAUGAAUUGAGAGGUCACUGCGACGGACCAACUCAUAUUUCACUUAAUUCUGAUAAUACGAAAUGUGUGACAUUUAAUACAUCUGGUAGAGAUAACAGUAUUCGGUUGUGGGAUGUAAAACAUGGAGAAUUGUUAGCCUCCUUCUGUCCUGAUAAGCAUGUCACUUGUUGCGAAAUAUCAGCGGAUGGUAAUCAAAUAUUUAUCGGUUUGACUGGAUAUGACGAUAUUAUCACCUUGAGCGUUGCCAACGCUACUAUUCAGGACGAUAAUGAAACUUUUGGUGAUCAACAUUUGAGUGGUAAAGUGUUUGAUCUUUCCAACGAGAAAAAAAAGUAA